CCCAUUAUAUCUCAUCAUUGUCUCUGGAAACAUUAAAUAUUGAAAAUGAUAAUAAAAUCAGCAGAACAGAAAGGUUACAAUGGAAUGCCACUGCUCUGACUGGUCUAUACACUGCGUUUAAACAGUAGCUGGUAUUUUGGGGCUUCUGUGGAAUCUGGUGUUCUGUUCAUGUGAUGAAUAGUGGGAAUGCCACAGAAAAAGAGGCUGCCAAUCUUUGAACAAAAUCAGCAGAGAUCUGCUGUUAAACAUAAACUGGAGAUUGGUGAUUAUCAGGAUACAACUGAGUGUUCGGGUGCUCCAAAAACAGUAGGCUGUCCUACUCCUUGCAGGAUAAGUCUCUCUGGGGCUCCUGCUGUGGAAACUGGAGAUUCACUAGAAAUCUCAUGGAAGACAUUUCUAUCUGUAUUAAGAUCAAUGGAGGAAUGUUCAGAGAAUAAGAUGAAUGCCUUGGUUCCACAGCUAGUAACUUCUCAGCCAAUUCUGUCAAGGAAAAAGACUGCCACCAAGUCUGAAAAAAUAAGAAAAGGGAGAUCAAGUGCUCUUCCUGUUAUACUGAAACCCGGAGAAAAAUCAAAUUUAAUACUCCAAAAGGAGCGGGAACUAAGUGCUGUUGUUCAUAACUCAAAACAAGAUGGAGAAAAAAUCAGAAUUGGAUCAGGCCACCCUGAUUCCUGUGGAAAGACUCCUAAGGGCGAUGUAUGCCGUACAGCAAGUAAAACCAAGCUAGAUCAAACAGCAAAUGAGUCUCUACUUGAACCCAAAGCUACAGUCCAAAGACAGUGGGAAGUACCUUCUUUAAUUCCCCAGGAAAACACAUCCCUGACACACAAGUUCAAGAAAGGAAACUUAGGGCUGACUAGUCAUAAGGACUGGCAUCAGCAGAGUGAACAUUUAAAUGGAGACAGGUCUAAAACAUGGAACCCUGUCAUUAUGGGGGGUGAAAGCUGUGGCCCAAACUGCUGUGAAUUCAGUUUCUUCAGCAUCUGUUGUUUACCAAUGAGAAGGAAGCGAAGAAUUCAGCCGAAGCCAUCACAAGCAGAGGCACAAUCUGAGUCUCAGUUGCCCUCUCAGGAGAAUACCCGCUUGGGAUCAAGUAAAGUUUUCCGUCAGAAAGUCAGUAGCAGCAUUAGUGUGCUCCCUCACCUGGAAUUCCAGGCAAAACCCAGUAUGGUUUCAAGUGCUGUGAAGUCCCAAGCUCAAGAGGCAAUCUUUCCACAAAUUGCCAUGAAGAACUUGCAGACUGUAAAUGUGCUGCAUCAGCUGGAAAACAGAGCUCAAAGUCAGGCAUUUUCUUCAACUCUGCCUGAAAACAGUACAAGAGUCCUGUCCAGCAAGACAGAAACAGAAAAAAUUCACAAUCUAAAGCUGCCAUUGACCGCAACAGAAGCGUUGAAGCAUUUUAGAAACCAACUAACAUUGUAUGAACAACGAGAAGUUAAGGAAUAUAAGGAGCUGUGGUUUCUUGGACUUGGAGCUAAGAAGAUUGAAGGGCAUUCUGAUGCAGAGAACAAUAAUUCCUAUGAUGAUGAUCAUGGCUCCUACAAAAAGGUUUUAAGUGAUCAUAUUGCGUACAGAUAUGAAAUACUGGCUGUUAUUGGGAAAGGGUCAUUUGGACAUGUUGUGAAGUGUUUGGACCACAAGACGGGGGAAAAAGUGGCAGUGAAAAUAAUAAGGAACAAGAAGAGAUUUCAUAACCAGGCCAUGGUAGAAGUCAGCAUCCUCAAUGCUCUCCGGCAAAAGGAUGAAGACCAUGUGUAUAAUGUUGUCCACAUGAAAGAAUAUUUUUAUUUCCGCAAUCAUUUCUGCAUUUCCUUUGAAUUGUUAGGUAUAAAUUUAUAUGAAUUAAUCAAGAAAAAUAAUUUCCAAGGUUUUACCUUGGGUUUGAUUCGUCGAUUCACCCAGUGUAUUUUAAGAUGCUUACAACUGCUAUACACAGAGAAGAUAAUUCAUUGUGAUCUGAAGCCUGAGAACAUAUUAAUAAGCCAACCUCAACAUGGUCAAGUUUCAUUUAAAGUUAUCGAUUUUGGAUCAAGUUGCUAUGAACACCAAAGAGUGUAUACCUAUGUCCAGAGUAGGUUUUAUCGUUCCCCAGAGGUUAUUCUUGGUCACCCUUAUGCCACCCCUAUUGAUAUGUGGAGUUUAGGAUGCAUCAUGGCUGAACUCUACACAGGUUAUCCCCUUUUUCCUGGUGAGAAUGAAAUGGAGCAGCUUGCAUGCAUUAUGGAGUUAUUAGGACUUCCACCAGCUGAUUUCAUUCAGACGGCAUCAAGAAGACGAACGUUCUUUGAUGCCAAUGGUACUCCAAAGAAUGUUACAAACAGUAGAGGAAAAAUAAGAAACCCAAGCUCUAGGGAUCUAAGCAGUGUAUUGAAGACAUAUGAUGGUUGUUUUCUGGAUUUUCUAAAGAAAUGCCUUGUAUGGAAACCUUCGCAUCGUAUGACUCCAGAGGAAGCAAUGCAUCAUGCAUGGAUGCAGGAUCCAUGGCUGAGUAAAGUGAAACAAAAGCCCAAGACUGCCACAAAGCAGAGUGAAGGAUCCUUCUUCACCACAGAGAAGAAAAAGGAGAAUGUUCAUAAGAACACACAGUCAGAAAGAAGAGAUGAAAUAAUCUGGCACCAUCUCCUUGGAGAAGUAAAAUCUGAUGCUCCUGAGAAGGUACCUGUUACAAGUCAAAAGCUGUCUCCAAUCAUAUCAUCCCAGGACAUACAUGGAAAUGAAAAUCAGGAAGUGAGGAAAGAGGAUACUCCAGGAAAAGAAGUGGAAAACCCAGUAGACAAAACUGCUAAAAGAGACCAUAGAACAGAGAAGCACAAAAAUACAAGCAUCUUGCCACCCAUUAAAUACAAGCAAUGAGUAGUCUAGGAAAUAUAGGAAGAUGAAAAUCAAGAUGCAAACAUGGAGAGUGCUCCAGGAAAAGAACUGGAAGGCUCGAAGCACAGAGCUAUUAAAACAGACCAUAGGAUCAAGAAGAUAAUGCACAAGAAUAUAAGCAUCUUGUCAUUCAUUAAGUACAAGCACUGAUUGACUCUCUUUCCAUACCUUUGUGGUAUGUUUUACAGCAACUAUUUUAUUGUACUGUGUUCAAGAACAGAAAUUUAAUGUAUAACUCUCCAUGUGUUUGUGCACAUUUCUUGCCGUGUUGAACAGAUAUUGGAUCAGAGUGAAUGGGUAGACAUGCCAUUUAAUUUAAUUUAAUUUUUAUUCUUUAUUGAAGAAAGAACACAUUGUUCUAUGUUUGUGAGAAGGGACCGAAUUUCGUCUGGGAUUUAAAGGAGGAAUGGCUCACCUUGUGUAGCGCACAGCAAAGAUAAUGCAUUUAUUAUUGUAGAUAUCUGCCCUUGCAAACCAUUUCUUGUGUAACUCAUGAGCUGUU